CGCGAGCUGCCGCAUCUCCCAAACUGUCUGCACGCUCUGCGUGCCCUGUCAUCACGCAUGUGGAGCUGCUUUUCGGUCUGCAAACACUAUUAUUUCUCCCAAGUCUUGGAAGAGGGAUGCUGAGGGGACGAAGAAGGAGCAAUAAAGACGGACAUGGACAGAGUAUUAUAUGUAUGCUUGAUAUGGUAUGAAGGGAUGUCCAUGUGAAGCUUUGGUGUGAGGCAGAGGUAAAAGCACACACACACACACUCGCACACGCGCGCGCACGCACGUACACACGGACUGUACGGGAUGCCCGCGUGACUGCAGGGAGGAAAGAAGCGGAGGAGGAGGAGGAAGAUGGGGUCUAGGUGGACGGUCGCAAAAGCCCAGAGAUGAAGUUCCAUAUUAUUAUGUUUCUAACAUCAUCCAAUCGACGGGGCUGCUCUUUUUAAGGAAGUUUAAAAAAAAAAAAAAUCUCAGAUUUUUUUCUUCAUCCCGAAGUCGCCAUAAUUAGCCUCUGCUUCCCCGACGGACCGAUGUCCUCCUCCGAUCCUUCUGCUGUCGUUUUUUUUCCUCUGAUAGGAUGAGGAUUUGUAAGGUCGCCAGGCGGGGAGCGCACAUGUUCGGACGUCUGUCCUCAUGACCGGGCGCGCGCAUGUCACCUCUGCUACAGGGAGCGCAAAACAGCGAGCGAUCAUUGGCCGCCUUCCGUGGGACGGUUUGAGAACCUUCGGCCUGCACGGGGCUCCGGUUAUACCGCAAUGGCACAUGGGCCGAGAGAGGAGGGAGAUGUGGAGGAGAGCCGGCGGGAAGGAGCCGGAGGAGGCGUCUGCAAACAGCAAAUGAUUGUAAAAGUGAAGAUUUAAAGCGAGUCGAUGUGUUUUCCUCGACUGAGCAGGAAAGUGGCACAAGGUGUACUCUGUGGGCUGAGAGGACUCUGCGUCGACUGGAACAGUCUCAGCAGCGUUAUCAAGACUCAAUCGUCAAGUGGGGUGGGUGCUGUGAUUGGGACUGUCUGUGGGGGGGGGCUGCUCCUUUCUCGGCUUUCUGCUGACCUGGUUCUUGGACUCACUGACCAGACGGGAAUCGAACCAUAGGACAUUAUACGCAGGAACCAAUUGAACCUGCCAGAGGACGGUUUGGGGUAUGAAUUGUAACACAUUUACGCCAGCCUUUUACGUCUUUUCCUCCUCAGCUCUGCUCUUCUGUGUUUCUGCCCACACCAUUUGUUAUGUGAACCCAGUGCACCAGUAAACAUCUCCCAGCCUCCUCUCUUCACACACGCACACACACACACACACACACACACACACAUAUAUAGACAAGCCAACCAUGCCUUCACCUUCAGACUGCAGCAGUGUGGCUUCAGCCUCUGGGUCUCGCGGUUGGUCUGACAGCCGCAGAGGCAUGUCAGGCAGGGGCCCCGGCGGGGCCCGGCUGCUCCUCUACCUGGGCUUGUGCCACCUGGGGUUAGGAGCCAUGGUCCUGGCCUUCUCCUUCACCAGCAUGGCCUUCACCUCAUCUGCACGCGUGAGGCAGUCCUGCCCAUUCUGGGCUGGCUUCUUUGUGGUGGCAUCGGGGAUAGUAGGAAUAAUCUCGUGGAGGAGACCUCUAACACUGGUGGUGUCACUGUUCAUGCUGCUGUCUGCGGUGUGUGUGAUCCUCAGCCUGGCCGGCUCCAUGCUCUCCUGUCAGAACGCACAGAUGGUCAAGUCUAUGGUCAACUGCCAGGCGGAGAAUGGCCUGUGUGUGUGUUGUGCACCCACCAAGCCCUGCUCCAUGAAGGACGAGGAUACCCUGGUUCUGUACCUGAAUAUUGACUGUGAGUCAGUCAGACAUCAGUUAAAGGAUCUUUUGUUCAGUGCAUGUGGUCUCAGCAUUCUCUCCACCAUCAUUUGUACGCUGUCCACUGUGACUUGCAGUAUCCACAUAUUCUCCCUGGACCUCGUGCACCUGCUCGCCCCUCAUCGCUCCCGCUCCGUCAACCCAGAAUGCACCACUCCGCAGGACGCCUUCCUGACCAACAUCAUGGACUUUGAGGAGUUUGUCCCCCCCAUCCCUCCACCACCCUACUAUCCACCUGAAUACACCUGCAGCUCUGAGACAGAUGCUCAGAGCAUCACCUAUAACGGCUCCAUGGAGAGUCCUGUUCCCUUGUACCCUACUGACUGCCCCCCUCCUUAUGAAGCUGUGAUGGGCCAAAGAGCAGCCAGCCAGGCAACAGUGUUUGACGCCCAUGGUACUGAGCUGUCUGGGGAGAGAGGGACGUCUACAGCCUUCAGCGGAGAAGUGUCUAUGGAUAGCGGAUCUUUGUUAAUGUCAGAGAUCGUGGACAUCCCUGAUGAUUCCUCCCCCUCCGAGGACUCCUGUUUGAUGGAGGUUGGGAUAAGGAGCCAUGGGGGCAACAGGACAUGUGUUGACAGGGGGGACGCCAUCUUCCGUGGUUCACAGUCUCAAACGCCGGAGAGUCCGCUGGCAGGAGGACCAAGGGCCAGACGGUUCCUCAGAGGGGAAAGGUCAAACUCCUGCUCUUCGCCUAGCACAGCCACCAACACAUACAGGUCUCCAGUGCUGCACCGUCACUCCAUGUUAGCUAGUAGCUGUUCCCAGCUGGAGGCAAUAGGAAGCUCCCCAAAUCAGCAGCAAUGUCUCAUCCCAGAGAUUCAGGUCAACCUCACCGACCCCUCAAAGCAAGAAGCCGCCCCAGCCUCAUCCGGCCCCCCUCUAUCAUCUUCCUCGGCAGCCAGUGAACACGGGAACGGACUGCUCCCUCCUCACGGGGCCCUGUACCUUCGUCGAAGGGCCGAGAGAGGUGACAAACAUGGAGGGACUGUUACAAGACAGAGCAGAGGCUUUUUACGCCUCGUGCGGUCGCACAGCGAGCCAGGUCUUGGGUCUUCCACAGACACGGUUGACUUUGGAUCCGGAGGCAGCAAAGCAUCUACAGACACAGCUCCGUCUUCAGAAGCGUGUUUGUUGCCUCGCUCCUCUAUCGCUCCUGCUGCAGCUCUCCCAAGUAAAGGCAGCCUUAAGACAGCAGCCACUGGGGUGCAAAUCCCCCCUAAACCUGCACCCACCUCACCUAUACAUAUCCCUAAAGACUGCCACCGCUCUCUAGGGGACCUGAAAGUGACCCGGGUUCUGGUGGCUCGCUUCCUGCAGCGCUCCAAGCGUAACCUGGCGCCGUCCUCGGAGCAUGCUUGCAGCACGGGACAUGGGCCUAAGAGGAGAAGUGGAGUUGAGACGGCUGGCCCUGACCACCUGUCCUCUGAGCAGGUGUCACGGGCCCCUUGGAGUACCAGCCGAGGACACCCCAGUGCUCACUCCCACCACCCUCGUCGGCGCGGACAUCACCAUUCCCACAGCGACAGCAGACACAACCGGCACUACAGCAGCCAGGCACCAGAGGGGAUCCACCUGCGCAGCUGUGGAGAUCUGAGCUCCUCCACUUCGUCCCUGCGCCGAUUAAUGACGCCUCAUCCGCCGCAUGGGUCAUCUGGAGCUCUCUAUUCAGAGUCUGCACUGUGACGAGUAAAAGAGGGCGAAGGAGGAGGGAGGAUGGCAAGGUGGAAGGAUUUUGGCAUAAAUGAAAACAUUCAGAAUUUAUUUUUCAGAAGUCUUCCCUUCAUUUUCUCCUCGUCGCUUCCAUUUGCAGAGGUCAGCUGUGCAAGCAGCCUUACUUCAGGGAUGCCCCUGAUUGACUGAGCCUCAGCGAACAGCUCGAGCUUACUUGCACCAACAAGCAGAACAAUGAUCAAAACAGAAUGACCAGUUGCAUUUAGUCUCUCGCAAAAUUCUGGGUUGCUAUAUGUUUGUCAUCCUUUUUUCUAAAUCGCUGUUAGACCACGACGUCGCUCAGGUGGAGAGAUUGAGGAAAUCCUUGUUUUAUCUUCCAAAAAUAUUUUAACUGAAUUCCCAUCAAAUGCCAAACGCAGAGCCUUGCAAACGUAUUCACACCCCUGGACUAAUUUUUUCCCCAAGAAAUUCAUAUCUGAACAGAAUGCCAUGCACAGGUUAUCAAUACUGAAAUUGCUGCCUUCCAUUGAUCUUUGUAAAAUAGCCCAAGUUCAGUCAGAAUGCACGGGGAACAUCUGUGGGGAAAAAAAGCAACUUUAGAGUCACGCUGCAGAUUCUGAUUUUAAUUAAGGGCUUACUUUAACUGGGCCAUUCUAACACAUGAAUAUGCUUUGAUCUAAACCAAUAUAUUGUAUGUCUGGCUGUAUAUUUGGGUCACAGUCCUGCUGGAAGGUGAAGCUCCGCUCCAAGUAUGUGUUUUGGGUCGUGUGCAGUCCUAGUUAUCCACCACACUUACAGUUUUGCAUGUAGGCCAGGUGAGCUGAUCCUCAUAAUGCUAUUUGUUCACCAAUGUUCCCCAACGAAUCUUUCAGGCCUUCACAGUACAUAUGUAUUUAUACCAGGGCUGUAUGAUACUAGCAAAAUAUGCAAUGUGCGACGAUGUUUACUGAUUAUCAAUAAAUAAACAAAUAGCUAACUUAACAGCAUUAGCAUCUUCUGGCCUGGCUGGGUUUCCCCCAGAAAAUGGGGUAAUCCUGGCGGCAGGUGUCGUGCUGGGUCUUGAGAGGUGAAGAAUGGGGGACUGCGAGGACCGUUACGUCAUGCAGCUCGAAGGAGGGGUGUAGCGUACACAUAUGCAUCGAGCUAAUAACAGCUAGCGAGUUCCCAGACGGGAACUUUACUGACCGUUUUAUCGAGGCAUUUAAAGUAAACACUUGACAGGCUUAUUAUAUGGUGAUGGAAACCCUGGCACUUGGGUUCACUGCAACUGUAGACUACAGAGAGGGAGUACUCCCUAGAAAACUUAAAAAUGGUUUUAUUCAAAAAAAAAAAAAGUUACAUUUGGCUUACACUGGCUGUUUUGGAAAAGAAACAACCGCACCGCAGUUAAUUAAUAAUCUUGCAGGAACAUCUUAAUGCCCGUCUGAAGCAUUUUCUGCUGCUCCAAACAAGAGACAAAACCAAAUAUAUGUUCUGGCAUGGAGAGCCUGAAUGCAUGGUACUUACAGAAUCAACUAAUAUCUACCGCAGCCAAAACAGUUCUUUGCACAAUUGCUAUUGUGAACAGGGAUGUUGAUAUAUUGAUAAAUUUGCAAUAGAUCGUGCAGCCCUAAUUAUUACUUAGUGUGUGUAAGUUUAUUUUUAUGUCUGGGCCACAUUAACAAAUGUGCGAAUCGAUAAAUACAUUGAGCCAUUUAACCUAAUAUUGAAAUAUGCAAAAUUG